GUGGCCGCGCCGGGCGGAGGCGAAGGGCGGCGAGGCAGCGUGUGAGAGAGAGGAGAGACGCCGGACGGGAGCCUCCCUUUGCGCCCGCGGCAAGCAAGACCCCCAGCGCGAAGCAUGGCCGUGGCGGUGGGCAGACCCGCGAACGAAGACCUUCGAAAUCUCGCCUUGUCAGGUCAUGUUGGCUUCGACAGUCUCCCGGAUCAGUUGGUGAACAAGUCCACCUCACAAGGUUUCUGCUUCAACAUCCUUUGUGUUGGGGAAACCGGCAUUGGGAAAUCAACCCUCAUGGACACGUUGUUCAACACGAAGUUCGAAAGCGACGCCGCCACCCACAAGGAGCCGGGCGUACGGUUGAAAGCAAGGAGUUAUGAACUUCAGGAGAGCAACGUCCGCCUCAAGCUGACCAUUGUCGAUACGGUGGGAUUUGGAGACCAGAUCAAUAAGGAUGACAGCUACAAACCCAUUGUGGAAUACAUAGAUGCACAAUUCGAGGCCUACCUGCAGGAAGAGCUGAAGAUCAAGCGGUCCCUGUUUAAUUAUCAUGACACCAGGAUCCACGCGUGCUUAUAUUUCAUUUCCCCAACUGGGCACUCGCUGAAAUCCCUUGACCUAGUCACCAUGAAGAAGCUUGACAGCAAGGUGAAUAUCAUCCCAAUAAUAGCCAAGGCUGACACCAUUGCCAAAAACGAGUUACAUAAAUUCAAAAGCAAAAUCAUGAGCGAGUUGGUGAGCAACGGAGUCCAGAUUUAUCAGUUUCCGACUGACGAAGAGACGGUGGCUGAGAUUAAUGCCACAAUGAGCCACCUGAAGCAGGACAAGAAGCAAUGGGUGGAAACUGAUCAAGGAGAGAAGCAACUUAGAGGUCAGGUCCAUCUCCCAUUUGCCGUGGUUGGCAGCACCGAAGAAGUGAAGAUUGGCAAUAAAAUGGCCAAAGCUAGACAAUAUCCAUGGGGAGUGGUCCAAGUUGAAAAUGAAAACCACUGUGAUUUUGUAAAGUUGCGCGAAAUGCUGAUCAGAGUGAACAUGGAAGACCUGAGGGAGCAAACUCACAGCCGACAUUAUGAGCUCUACCGCCGGUGCAAACUGGAAGAGAUGGGAUUCAAAGACACAGAUCCCGACAGCAAACCGUUCAGCCUGCAAGAAACCUACGAAGCCAAGAGAAAUGAAUUUCUGGGUGAGCUACAGAAGAAAGAAGAAGAAAUGAGGCAGAUGUUUGUCAUGAGAGUGAAGGAGAAAGAAGCGGAGCUGAAGGAAGCAGAAAAAGAUCUUCAUGAGAAGUUCGACCAUCUAAAGCGGACUCACCAAGAGGAGAAGAAGAAGGUAGAAGACAAGAAGAAGGAACUCGAGGAGGAGCUGAACAACUUCCAAAAAAAGAAAGCAGCGGCUCAGCUAUUACAAUCACAGGGUCAACAGGCCAGCUCUCAAACCACCAAGAAAGACAAGGACAAGAAAAAUUCAAGCUUCACAUAAAGGCUGCCAAGUCAAAGGAUGUUCCUGCAUUCCCCUGCUUUUGCAGUAAUGUGUUUCAGCCAUCUUAUAUCUAUUUCUUUUAAACACAAAUCCUUCUGAUUAGUCUUAGUAUUAAGGGGGCGGGUGGGUGAAGUGAGAGGCCUCCUCCUCCUCCUCCUCUUCUCCUUCCUUCCUUCCUUCCUUCCUCCUCCUCUUCUCCUUCCUUCCUUUCUCUCCUCUCCUCCUCCUCUUCUCCUUCCUUCCUUCUUUCCUCCUCCUCUUCUUCUCCUCCUCCUCUUCCUUCCUUCUUCCGUUUUCUUCUUCUUCCUCCUCCUCCCCUUCCUUCCUCCUCCCCUUCCUUCCUCCUCCUUUUCUUCCUCCUCCUCCUCCUUCCUUCCUAUCUUCCAUUUUCUUCCUCCUUCCUUCCUUCCGUUUUCUUCCUCCUCCUCCCCUUCCUUCCUUUCCUCAUCCUCCUCUUCUUCCUCCUCCUCCGCCUCCCUCUUCUUCUUCCUCCUCCUCCUCCUCCUUCUUCCCUUCCUUCUUUCCUUUCCUCCUCCUCUUCUCCUCCUUCCCUCCUUCCUACCUUCCAUUUUCUUCCUUCCUUCCGUUUUCUUCUUCCUCCUCCCCUUCUUUCCUUUCCUUCUCCUCCUCUUCUUCCUCCUCUUCCUCCUCCUCCUCCCCUUCCUUCUUUCCUUUCCUCCUUCUCCUCUUCUUCUCCUGCUUCCUUCUUUCCUUCCUACUUUCCAUUUUCUUCCUUCCUUCCUUCUGUUUUCUUCUUCCUCCUCCUCCCCUUCCUUCCUUCCUCCUCCUCCUCCUCUUCCUCCUCCUCUUGUUCUUCCUUCUCUUCUUCUUCUUCCUCCUCCUCCUCCGAAGACCAGCAAUGGUGAUGUUCUUUAAAAUAGGUGAAAGGAUCAAGACCAAGGGGUUCAUGAAUUGAGUCCCUUUGAUUCAGGGCUGUCAGCAGGGAGGGGAAAAAACAAGACAACAGCCAUAAUCGUACAAUCAGAGUCCCUGUCCUCUUUUUUUUUUUUUUUUACGUCCAUCACAAUUCUCAUAAAGAGAGGACAGGGCUUCAAUCAACGGUUGUGACCACCCUAUUGAUGUUAUUUGGACAACCUCAGGCAGUCCUCGACUUACGACCACAGUGGAUCUCAAAAAUCUCUGUGGCUAAGCCAGAUAGUUGUUAAGUGAGUUUUGCCCCCAUUUUAUACAACCUUUGACGCCUCUGUGGUUAAGUGAAUUACUGCAGUUGCUAAGUAAGUAACCCGGUUGUUAAGUGAAUCUGGCUUUCCCCGUUGACUUUGCUUGUCAGAAGGUCGCAAAAGCGGGUCACAGGACCUUGGGACGUAGUAAUGGUCAUAGAUAAGAACCAGUUGCCGAGCAUCUGACUGUUGAUCACAUGAUCGCAGGGAUGCUGCAAGGGUCGUAACAUAAAAAUGGCCAUGAGUCGCUUUUUCAGUGCGGUUGUAGUGUUGAACGGUCAUUAAAUGAACGGUUGUAAGUCGAAGACUAGCUGUACAUCCAUGGGAGACUUCCCUGUUGAUCUCUGGGUCAACAGAGAUCCUCGUGAAUGAAACAUGGUGGCUGAAGAAUAUCUUGGCCCCUUUCUUGUUUGCAACAGCCUAUUGAGGAGCAGGGAGGACUAAAACCGAGUCUUUGACUAUCCUAAUAUUUUAAUGGAAAGCAACAAAUUUAUCUGGGAGUCCCAUUGAAGUCGAUGGGAUUGUCCUCUGAGUUCACAUAUGAAGGAUUGCAUGAGCCUUAAUUUUUAAUUCCCAUUAAAACCACUUGUAUUUUACAAAUCUGAUUGUGCCUUGACUCUGACUGACAUGGUGUAAGGUUUCCUGCCUGGGCAGGGGGUUGGACUAGAAGGCCUCCAAGGUCCCUUCCAACUCUGUUGUUAUGUUAUGUUGAUUUUCUUCAAGAUCAAGAAGGUAUUCUUUGAAGCAGGGGUCUCCAACCAUGGCAACUUUAAGCCUGGAGGACUUCAACUUCCAGAAUCCCCCAGCCAGCUUUAAAUCCUCCAGGCUUAAAGUUACCAAGGUUGGAGACCCCUGCUCUGUAAGAUUUUAGACAUGCAAUAUCCUCCCGUGGCUUCAAUUUGUCCCGCAUUUUUCUCAAUAAGGACCAUAUUUUCAGAAAGCCAUCGACGUCGUUCUAUUUGCCUUGUCAAAUCUGUUUUUCUAAAGUUAGCAGCAGCAAGGAAAAUAAUUCCAGUCUUUGAAUAACGGUAUGAAUUACGUCCUUCCAAAAGCCUCCAAGAUAUUGCAGAGAUCUAGCAUGGAAAGGAUUGCAGGUUUUCUCUAGAACUAUUCUCCGGAAUAAUUUCAAUUACAAAUACAUAUUUAUUUCCUCUCUGGAGAGAAAAAAAAUAUGAUCAGGCUAAAUUCAGUUGGGUUGCCAAGUCGCAUUCUGUCAUUGAGGGACUAAGAAAAUCAUUCUUAUGUCCUACAGCGGUGUGGCAGAGAAACCUAGGCAGACCAAUUCUUGGAGUGUCACUGAUGCAUUCAUUUUGGUUGCCACAAAGACCUAACUUUAAGAUCCCAGGCUCAGAUGUUUGAAGAAUGGCUCCAUCCAUAAGUCAGUGCAACCACGGAAGAAGACCAGAAAUUUGUUUAGGCUUUAUACUGGAAUUCUCAGCAGGAAACAAAACAUAUUUUUUGUACACACACACACACCCCCCAAAAUCCCCUGUGCUGUGACCCAGGCCCAAGUAGGUAGUUAGAAACUCAGUCCGUGAAAAAAACAAAACAAACUUCAUUCCCAGCGUCGUUCAACUCAAAUUAAAACAAAUGCCUCCCAACACAAAUUCCUCAGUUCUCUCACAAACCUUGGUCCAAUUAGGCAAACUGCCAAAGGCCUUUCUUGGCAAACGUUCAGAAGACACCGAAACAAAAAUAAAUGCAAGAAGACGAAGCUAACAACAUUGUUUUCCGGCAAAGCCCAAACGCUGUUGCUGGUCUGUUUUAAGCCUUAUGGGAGGGGCUAAUCAUCUCUUGGCCCUACUCCCGAGUUGUUCUUUUUGCUUGAGUUGCUCUUGCCUUCUGGCAGCUCUUCUCAUGCGUGCAUUAGGAACAGGCUCCUCCUGUUCCUCUGCCUCACUACUAUCAGUCUCUGGAGGCUCUGGAGUCCGCACCUCACUUCCUGAUGGCCCUGGCCUCACCUCAGCCUCAUCGCUGUCCGACUCCAUUGCCAGUUCCGCAGGCUGCUGGCGGACCACAACACUCUGAAGGAACUUGUUUGUACUUCUUAACUCCAUCUUAUAAUCACCAGGUGCCCCAGUGAGGAACAAUAAGGACUUUUCAACCUUACAUGAAAGCAGUGCCCUUAUGUUUUGCUUUCAUAAAUUCCUAUCCAAUCCAGUGCUUCUUCCCGGGAAGAACUAUAAGGGGAUAGAAAAAACUAGGAACUUAUUGCAUGUUAUUUUCUGUUUUGCAUGGCUUUCCACUGGCGUAAUACUUUUGAAUUUCCCUGGGUGCUAUUACAGGAGCGUCCUGCUUCUUAACCCAACAGGUUGGGUUUUUUUUCUUUCUUUAACCCAGCAGCUCUGGGGAGGUCGUAAAACUAACAAAUAUAUUCAAUGCAGAGUUGCAAUAUAUUUUUUUUUGAUUGAUGAUGGAUUCCAUUUUGGUUUCUUCAUCUAAGGCAGUAUUUCCAAUCAAAGCCAUUUUAAGAUGGGUGGACUCCCAGAAUGCUGGCUGAGGUAUUCUGGGAGUUGAAGUCCAUACGUCUUAAAAUGGGUCACGUUGCAAAACACUGACCUAAGGGAACAAUAGGGCAUCAACUAACUCCUUGCAAAAGACACUGGAAUUCUAAAUUUUCCAAAAUCAAAGAGUGUCUGAAGGAAUUAAUUAACUGCUUAUUCAGAAAAAGAGAAACAUAAUCUGUUGCAGUUAGGAUCAAACUUCAUGGGAUAAUGGAUAUUAGUGCUAUACCUGGUCACCUGACUUUAAGCCGGUAGCACUAUAUGUCAUUAAUGAAUGUCAGAGGAAAUGUUUCAUACAAUUUUUUUUUUUAAAUUGUUGCCAAUUCUAGUAAGUAUGCAGCAGCCUUUUCCAACCGUUACCUCUAAUUAAAGGAGAUAUCAAACUUUCUGGUACAACGACCUGCUGAAAUCAUAAAUAACCCCAUGAACAAAAUAGAUGAUGACUUCCUUGUGGUUAAUAUUGGUAGAAAAUGCACUUUUAAUACUUAAUUUUUUUACACUCCAUCCAAUAAAAUGGUAGAACAGUACAUUAUAAAACAGAACUCAUUUGCUGAAUUUUUUAAAAGGUCCCAGUCAUAUUCAAAACAAUUUCUAAUAAAGAAGGAUCAGCUUGCCUACUCUGGCAUAAAUCCUAAAAUUUGAUUCAUCUUUGUGAUGCAGUGUGUACUGUACGUGAGAAUCUUGCCCCAUUUCAAUUGUUUUGAGCCACAAAAUAAAUUGCCCUUCAAUCCAAGCAAAUAACAAUACUUCACUGUUGUUUGGGCAUAAUCGUCUUUAAAGGAGUCAUUUAAACUUUCUGAAAAAUAAAUAGACAUGCAAGCAUAAGAAAGAUCAUUUCAAAAUAAUGUUCUGUGACAUUUAAACGAUGCACUGUUACUUGGAGUUUGCAGAAUCCUUACGCCACUACUAAGAAAAAAGGAUAAGUUGGAAGAAGGUUUGUAAGCUUAGUAAUACUCAAAAGUGUGGCCUCUGGUGGCUCAGACUGGUAAGACAGUCUGUUAUUAACAGCAACUGCUUGCAAUUACUGCAGGUUUAAGUCCCACCAGGCCCAAGGUUGACUCAGCCUUCCAUUUAUAAGAUAGGUAAAAUGAGGACCCAGAUUGUUGGGAGCCAAUAAGUUGACUUUGUAUAUAUAUACAAAAGGAUGAAGACUAUUGCUUGACAUAGUGUAAGCCGCCUUGAGUCUUCGGAGAAGGGCGGGAUAUAAAUGCAAAUUAAAUAAAAAAAAAUUUAAAAGUGUCAAUUUGCCUGCCACAGUUUGGGAAUCUCUUCUUGGGUGAGUUGAGAUGCCACCUGUCACAAUCCACAGAUAACAUUGGUGAAAUUGAUGCUGGAUAUGAAUUCUGGGAAUUGUCCCAAUUAGCCAGAGAGCACUAGGUUGAUUAAGGGUGGUCUGGUCUUAACUUUUCUGGUUUCCUGUAACUUCAGACAAUGAUGGGAAUCUUGGUUUGGCAGAUGGACAUCUUGGCAUACUGGUUAAAACUGCACUUUUCCGAAGGGUCUUGAGAAAAAACAAAACAAAAGUACUGAGCCAGUUGAAAACCUGUGAAAACGUUCAGUGUAGACUUUGGAUAGGGAAAGAAGAAGGAAGCUAUUUUUCCAAGACGAUUUUUAACUUUCAUCGUUGUUAAAUGCUGAGUGCCAGCGAAGUUGAAUGUACAAAUAAAACAUAUCCUCUGUUUUUAAGUUCUGCAAAGAUGGAAGUGUUGAAUUAUUUCUGUUCUCCCAUGCCGGAUAGAUUCUUUUCCUUUCUGAUAUAUAAGAGGUGAUCUCUAUUUAGCUCCUUGGCUUCUGAAUCCCUUUUGUUUUCAGCUAUGUCCUCUCAACUUUGUCUCCUGUUUCUUGCCUUUUUAAACCGCUUUUUGAAUAUAUACCAGUCCUCUUAAGUCUUUGCUCACUUUCCACAUUCCGUUGCUUCUCCUUUCCAACAGUUGAGAUGGAUUUCAAGUUUUUUUUUGCUCUCAACUAAUGCAGAAACUAACCCAUGAUGAAGCUUGAUCUUACUUCAACUAAACAUGGUUUUUUUGGGUGGGUGGGGAGCUAACAGGCUAAGCGUGGAAUUGAGCUAUCACAAAAGAUAAAACGGAAGGUAGAAUGUGUUCCUCAAAAUUGGUAACUUUAAACUGUAUGGAUUCCGACUCCCAGAAUUCCCCAGCCAAGCUGGCUAGCUGGGGGAUUCUGGGAGUUGAAGUCCGUACAGCUUAAAGUGGCCAAGAUUGAGGAACACCAGGCUAGAGAGUGAAACGGCUAAAAAGCUUUUAUGAGUUGCAGGAACUGGGCACGGCUAGUCUAGUGAAGAGAAGGACCAGGGGAGACAUGGUAGCAGUGUUCCAAUAUUUGAGGGGCUUCUAAAGAGAGGAGGAGGUCAAGCUAUUUUCCAAAGCACCCGAAGGCCAGACAAGGAAUAAUGGAUGGAGACUGAUCAAGGAGAGAUUCAACCUAGAAAGAAGGAGAAAUUUUCUGAGAACAUAGUACAGCUUUGCCUUGUGGGAGCUUCAUCCCUGGAAGCUUUCAAGAAGAGACGGGACAGCCAUCUGUCAGAAAUGGUGUAGGGUCUCCUGCUUGGGCCGGGGGGUGGGUUGGACUAGAUGACCUAAAAGGUCCCUUCCAACUCUUUUAAUCUGUAUCUCUCUCUCUCUCUCUCUGCUGGUAGACCUUCACUUUUCCCAGACUUGAAAACUGGAGCCAGUUUCCUAACCAUGCCCUUGUUCGACGCCUUUUGUGCAAUUCUCUGAGUGCUUUUGUUAUGGUGUUGCUUUUGCCAGCCGUGUCUGUCUGUGUCCUAUUUUUCGUUGGUUUCCGUAACCUGCUGACUUUGUUCUUCUCCUGCUUAGUUUUGUGGAACUUGUGUUACACCCCCGUGCACAUGCACACAUUGGUUGGGGGGAGAUGUAGACAACCGUUGGCUAAAGAUGUACUUUUCACAAAGAUGCGUGGGAAGCUUAACGGGCUACCCAGUCUUCCAUGUCCGUGUUCAAUGAGUCAAAAAUUAGCAGGAGGGUGAUGAAAAUGGGAUCCUCACUUAGUGGGGAAUCCCCACCUGCAGAAGGGCCCAAAGGAAAUAAGGGUGGAAAAACAAUUAGGGUAGUCCAGGGGUCUGCAAACUUGGCUCUUUUAAGAC